AUGGCAGGCCCACAAUUACAUAUUUUUGACCCUAUUACCGAUGAUGAAAUCAAAACCACAACCAGCUUGCUAAAAGACCUUGGUGGCGAUGCUAAGUUACAUUUUAUUCAAGUCGAUAGAUUGGAUCCCCCAAAGAAACAAGCUAUUGAAUAUUUAAACAUCGAACGUUAUGGUGGUAGUAAAUUACCAUACAUUCCAAGAAGAACUUAUGCUUACUACUAUAAAAAUAAUAAAAUGCCAUUGUAUAAAGCAAUUGUAAAUGUUAGUGAAAACCAUAUCAUCUGCAACCAAGCUACACCAGAAGGUACUGUUGGUCCUUUACUACCAGAUGAUAUGUUGGACAUUGAAAAUGUUAUUUUGGAGCAUCCAGUUAUCAAAGCUGAAAUUGCCAAGUUACAAUUGGAUAAAGUAUUUUACAACCACAAAACAUUGGGAAAGUUAAAUUACGUUGUAGUUUGUGAGCCAUGGAUGUACGGUACCGAUUCACCAAACGAAAAAAUCCCAUUGAUUCAAGCUUAUAUGUACAUGAAAUUAGAUCAUCCUGAAGCUAAUCACUAUUCUAUUCCAUUGAAGUUUUCUCCAGUGUUUGAGUAUUUGUCUCACAAAUUUGUUCGCAUUGACUACUUACCAAGUGGUCCAGAUGAAGUUGUUAUCAAGGACACUUUGCCAUACAAACCAUUGAAGUCUGUUGAGUACCAUCCAAAUGUUGUUGAAGACUACAAACCAAGAGAAGGUUUGAAACCCUUGAUUGUUUCCCAACCAGAUGGUGCUUCUUUUAAUAUAGAUGGUAAUAAAAUUACCUGGCAAGAUUGGGAAUUUAGAAUCUCUACCAAUGUUAGAGAGGGGUUUGCUUUGUAUGAUGUUUUCUUCAAGGGUAGAUCUUUGUUUUACCGUGUUGCCUUGAACGAAAUGACAGUUCCAUAUGCCGAUGGUCGUGCUCCUUUCCACAGAAAACAAGCUUUUGAUUUGGGUGACUGUGGUUUUGGUAACACUGCAAACUCUUUGGCUUUGGGCUGCCAUUGUUUGGGUGUCAUUAAGUAUUUGGACACUAGAAGGGUUGACCGUGAGGGUAAUCCUGUUUUAAUUCCAUCCACCAUUUGUAUGCAUGAACAAGAUUAUGGUAUUUUGUUUUUGCAUCAAAAUUACAGAACCGGUUCUACUGUUACUACAAGAAGAAGAGAAUUUGUUAUUCAAACUAUUGCUACUGUUGCUAACUAUGAAUACAUUGUAAACUUAGUUUUUGAUCAAGUUGGUGCCAUCACUGUUCAAGUCAGAGCUACUGGUAUUUUGUCUACCAUGCCAAAUGACGAAAAUAAUGUAACUAAUUUUGGUACCAUUGUUGGUCCAGGUGUCACAGCUGCCUUCCAUCAACAUUUGCUAUCUUUUAGAUUUGAUACAAGGUUAGAUGGUGACAAAAACACAGUUGUUUACGACGACUAUGUUCCAAUGGAGGAAAACACACCAAUGAAUCCAUAUAACGUUGGUUAUGAGGCCAAGAGAACUUUUGUUGAAAAGUCUGGUUAUGUCGACCAGUCCCCAUUCACCAAUAGAACUGUCAAGGUCAUUAAUGAAAGCUCUAUCAAUCCAACUACUUUGAAACCAGUUGCUUACAAGUUUGAGAUGCCAGCCAGACAAAUGAUUUUGGCCUCUCCUAAUUCAUACAAUGUCAAGAGAGCUCACUACGGUACCAAGCAAUUUUGGGUAUCCAAAUACCAAGAUGAUCAAUUGUACGCUGCUGGUGAAUUUACCAAUCAAUCGCAGACUGAUACUGGUUUGAGCAAAUGGUGUGAUGGCUCAGAUUCUGUUAGAAACACUGACACUGUUGUUUGGUGCACAUUGGCCUUGACACAUCCACCAUCUACUGAACAAUUUCCAUUGAUGGCAAGUGACUUUUUACAAUUUUUAGUCACACCAGCAUCCUUUUUUGACAAGAAUCCAGCUUUGGAUAUUCCAUUGGCCAAUAACGAAUUUAAUAAGAGUGUUUAUUAUGAAGACGCAAAGGCCGCUGCUGCUGCAAAGAAAUCCGGGAGUUGUUGCAAGACUAAUUUAUAG